AUGUGGGAAGCACGCACAAGCCAGGAUUGGCAGGCCAAAAUCACAGACCUCAAAGAUCUCCCAGCAUCGCCCAAGAUCAACCAACAGCAUCAAGUGACCUCAACAGCCAUCCGCCCCAAGGUCGAGAAGAAGGCGCCGAAACUUCGCAAGAAGAUCCAACCAGGUCAAGUACUCAUCUUGCUGGCCAGCAAGUUCCGGGGCAAACGCGUGGUCUUCUUGAAGCAGUUGGAGAGCGGCAUGUUGCUGGUCACAGGUAGUUCCGUUUCGGCUCCCAAUCCCUUGCAGAUUCCCUACCCGAAGUUCGCAGAUGGCAUGCCGAAGACUACACAGAUGGAGGGAGGUUGUUCUGAACCACCCCCUCUCAAGGGUCUGCAAGACAUCUCCCUGCAUCAUGAAGCAUGGCAGUUGCAGCGGCAGUUGGAGGAGCUUGAAAGUCAUAAGAUUCAGCUUCAAGAGAAGUCAAAGGUGUUGGCUCAGCUUCACCAUGCAUCCGUGGAUGGAACUGAAGGAGCCAGCUUCGGUGUGAGCACUGCCGGCUGCAUUUGGAUAGGACCUUUCGCCCUGAACGGCGUGCCUCUGAAGCGCGUGAACCAGCGCUACUGCAUCGCCACCAGCACCAAGGUGGACGUCAGUGGCGCUGACUGCAAGUCCAUUACGGACGCCUACUUCGGCAGGGAGAAGACCAAGAGCGCCAAGAGCCAGGAGAAAUUCUUCGCCACGGAGGCGCCAAAGAAGGUCCUGGCGCAAGAGAAGCCUGGGAUAGCCAUGUUGGGCAAGUGGACGCUGAGCGUCCACUCCUCCUUGAGUGAUGAUCCUGGUGGUGACUUGAAGAAGGACGGGCAGAAGAAGUUGGACGAUGCCAUUGUGAAGAGCCUGGGAAACGAUGUGAAGAGCUACCUCAAGUCGCGAUUCUCGCUCUCGGCCAACAUGUACCCUCACGAGCUGAAGUUCUGA